AUGCGUUACACUACUCUCACCGUUCUCGCUAUUGCCCUUCUCACGGGUAAUGCCUUGACUGCUCCCGCUCCUCAGGGCGGUGCUGGUGCCAUCGGAGGUGGUAACGGCGGAGGUGCCGGCAAUGGAGCCGGAGCUGGAGCCGGAGGCAACACCGGAGGCAACACCGGAGGCAACACCGGAGGCAACACCGGCAACACUGGCAACGCCGGCAAUGCUGGCAACAACAACAAUAACAACAACGCCGGCAACAACAACCAGCAGCCCCCUCCUCCUCGUCCUACCAACACCAACAACAACCCUAAUAAUGCCAACCCCAACAAUGCAAACAACGGAAAUGGUGCGAACGCCGGGAACAAUGCCAACAACGGCAACGCCAACAACGCCGGAGCUGCUGGCAACAACGCUGGCAACGCCAAUAAUGCCAACAACGGCAAUGCCAACAAUGUGAACAACGGAGCUGCGGGUGCCAACGGCAAUGCGGCUGGCAACAACGCGAACACCGCCAACAACGGCAACAACGGCAACAACGGCAACAACGCUGGCAACGGUAACUUCGCCAGAGCCGUGGCCCCCAACCAGCAGCCUCCCCCUCCUCCGGCGAACAACAACCAGCCUCCUCCUCCCAAGCCCAACAACCGCAGAGCUGUGAACCCUCAGGCCGCUCCUCCCCCUCCUCCCAAGGACAACACGCCUCCCCCUCCUAAGCCCAACGGUGCCAGAGCCAUCAACCCGAACCAGCAGCCCCCUCCGCCUCCCGCCAACGACAACACUCCUCCUCCCCCCAAGCCCAACGGAGCGAGAGCAAUCAACCCCAACCAGCAGCCUCCCCCUCCUCCGGCCAACAACGAGCAGCCUCCUCCUAAGCCCAACAACCGCAGAGCGGUCAACCCUCAGGCCGCUCCUCCCCCUCCCCCCAAGGACAACAACACCCCUCCUCCUCCUAAACCGAACAACGCCAGAGCCGUCAACCCCAAUGCGCAGGCGCCCCCUCCUCCUCCUCCCGCGGAGAACCAGCAGGCUCCUCCUCCCAAGCCUAACAACGCCGCCAGGGCCGUGAACCCGAACCAGCAGGCUCAGGCUCCUCCUCCUCCCCCGGCCAACGACAACACCCCUCCUCCUCCCAAGCCCAACGGCGCUCGGGCUGUCGAUCCCAACCAGAGACCCCCUCCUCCUCCUCCUGCCACCAACCAACAGGCUCCUCCCCCUGCUAUCUAA